GUUUUAUUUUAAUAACUUUGGGAGGCUUGAGGAGGUAAAAUAGAUUAAUCCACAUGGAGUAGAGCAAAAAUUAGAGGAAAGUUAAAAAAUGAAAAUUCUGUUCGUCCAAAAUAUGUUUUUCUUUCUCCUAUCCUGUCCAAACAUCUCGUCUCGACCGUUGUUGAGGUCCCGGCCCCCAGGUUGGGAACCACUGAGUUAGCCGGAUGUAUGAAAACUGAGCAGCCCGUGGGAGGCAGUUUAAGAAACCCCGCACACUCAGGCCAGAAGCAGAGCUCGCGACGUUACGUUGACGCCAUUUUGUUUCACCGGGAGUAAAGAAACCAACCUGAAGGCACCGGCGUGAAUAUUUUCCUUUAUUUUAAGCACCUUCAACACGGCGGAGGAGCAUCGUGCACCCGAGUUUAGAUUCGCAUGAUGUCUGGAGACAUGGCCACAGAUCAUGUAAACGGGAACGGUACGGAGGAACCGAUGGACACGACCGCAGCGGUGACCCACUCGGAGCACUUCCAGGCUUUACUGGAGGCUGGUUUACCGCAGAAAGUCGCCGAGAAGCUGGAUGAACUUUACGUAGCAGGCCUGGUAGCACAUAGCGACCUAGACGAAAGGGCUAUUGAAGCUUUGAAAGAAUUCAAUGAGGAGGGAGCCCUGCAAGUGCUCGUCCAAUUCAAAGAGAGCGAUCUGUCGCACGUGCAAAACAAAAGUGCCUUUCUCUGUGGAGUUAUGAAGACUUACCGGCAGAGGGAGAAACAAGGGACUAAAGUUUCAGAUUCCACUAAAGGACCAGAUGAGGCCAAAAUCAAAGAACUCCUGGACAGAACUAACUACACACUUGAUGUUACAACAGGCCAGCGAAAGUAUGGCGGUCCCCCACCUGAGUCAGUGUACUCUGGUGCCCAGCCUACCGUUGGAACAGAGAUAUUUGUUGGGAAGAUUCCUCGUGACUUGUUCGAAGACGAGCUGGUUCCUCUCUUUGAGAAGGCCGGUCCUAUCUGGGACCUCAGGCUAAUGAUGGACCCACUGAGCGGCCUGAACAGGGGUUACGCCUUCGUCACGUUCUGCACUAAAGAGGCGGCCCAGGAGGCUGUAAAACUGUGUAAUAAUCAUGAGAUUCGCCCAGGCAAGCACAUCGGGGUGUGUAUAUCUGUCGCCAACAACAGGCUUUUCGUUGGCUCUAUCCCCAAGAGUAAAACAAAGGAGCAGAUUGUUGAAGAGUUUGCUAAAGUCACAGAGGGCCUCAGCGAUGUCAUACUUUACCACCAACCAGACGAUAAAAAGAAGAACCGAGGCUUUUGCUUCCUGGAGUAUGAAGACCAUAAAACAGCUGCUCAGGCCCGCCGCCGGCUAAUGAGCGGCAAGGUGAAGGUUUGGGGCAACGUGGUGACAGUGGAGUGGGCUGAUCCCAUCGAAGACCCCGACCCAGAGGUCAUGGCCAAGGUGAAGGUUUUAUUUGUGCGAAACCUCGCGAACGGUGUCACCGAGGAAAUCCUUGAGAAGAGUUUUAGUGAGUUUGGAAAACUGGAGCGAGUGAAGAAACUCAAAGACUACGCUUUCAUUCACUUUGAAGAGAGGGACGGUGCUGUAAAGGCAUUAGAAGAAAUGAAUGGGAAGGAGCUGGAGGGAGAGCCGAUUGAGAUUGUUUUCGCCAAGCCACCAGAUCAGAAAAGGAAGGAGCGCAAAGCCCAGAGACAAGCAGCCAAAACACAAAUGUAUGAUGACUAUUACUACUACCCUCCCCCUCCCCACAUGCCUCCUCCUGUCAGAGGCCGGGGCAGAGGUGGCAACCGGGGCGGCUAUUCUUACCCCCCAGACUACUACGGCUAUGAGGACUACUAUGAUUACUACGGCUAUGACUAUCACAACUACCGCGGCGGCUACGACGACCCCUAUUAUGGGUACGAUGACUUCCAGGCCCCAGGCCGAGGGCGGGGUGGCAACAGGGGCGCAAGGGGCGGAUCCUCUCCAGCCAGGGGACGUGGCGGCGCCGGGGCACCCAGAGGCAGGGCCAACUUCUCCCAGCGUGGCGGUCCCGGACCAGGCCGUGGCGGGCGGGGCGCAAGAGGAGGCGUGCAGCCGAGAGGGCGAGGAGGGGUACGUGGUGCGCGGGGUGGCCGCGGUGGAAAUGUAGGAGGAAAGCGCAAAGCUGAUGGGUACAACCAGCCAGAUUCCAAGCGUCGCCAGACCAAUAAUCAGAACUGGGGCUCUCAACCCAUUGCUCAGCAACCGCUCCAAGGUGGUGAUCAUUCUGCAGGGAAAAGGGGUCGAGGCCGGUCCUGACGUGUCGCUAUGAAGACUGACCAGCGUUUGGCGUCUCACACUGCAGGCUGCCAGUGGAUGGAAUGGUAAGGUCAACUGACUCAGUGGUCCAAUGGUAUUCCAGCCUUUUGAGGAGCAGAUCUCCUGAAACUGCCAUGUUCGAAGAUAAUCAGAACAGCAAAACUUGAGCUUGCUUUUAUUAUUUUUUUUGUCAUUUUCUUCUCUUUUUUUUUUUUUUUUGACAUUUAAAUUAUAAGCCCCUCCCCCCCCCCUUCAUCCCCCACCCCAGAUUAUGCCAUUUGAGACUUGCUGAGUAAGAGUUCAUGGUGGACAUCUUUCUGGAAAAGUCUUUGCACUUUUUUUUAAAGUUUGGAGUGGUUUAGUGUAACUUGAGUUCUUAAACCGCGUCUUUACGACGGACUAGACGUGAUAAUCGAUGAUUAUCACAUAUAGAGUUGAGGUGUGAUACCCGGCGUUUAAAGUCGGGCGUUCCAGGAAAAUGGUUCUCUACGAACUAAUGCCACCAAGGGUUCGUUAACUACCUCAGUUUCGAGGACUCGCCUGCUCUGUCCCGUUUUGUACUUGAGGAAACUGAGGCAGGGUUCGACCCCCUUCCUCCCCCCCUAAACCCCCCCCCCACCCCCCCAACCUCAGAGAUAUGCACAGGCAACAACAACAACAACAACAACAACAGAGCACUUGCUGACUUUUUAGUUCUCAGUUGAGACUUGACGUAGGCCGCAGCUACUGUAGACAUGUUAGCUGGACCUCCUGAAAUGAGGCUGAACAAGCCUCGCUGUCUUUCUAAACGAACUGAGUGAUGAUGUAGUUGACGGACUGUACAUUAGUUGAGGAAAUUGUUUUAUAAUUGUUAUUUUUUUUUCUUUGUGAAAUCUUAAAUGCCUGGAAACGGCGCCCUCUACAGAGGAGCCAAGGUCAUUCUUUGUCUUCCAUGAUGGGGGGUAACUUGUCUUAAUGUUGUUGUUUUUUUGUUUUUUAUUUUAUUUGUACCCAUCCAUGUAAGGAUGUUUUCUAAGUGAUGUCUCAGGCUGGCUAUCUGCUCUGCACAAACAUCUCCUUUUUUUUUUGUGCGUAAACGAGAAUGACCGCUGACAUCCAGUGAAGAUGCCUUUUUUUUUUUUUUAUAUGUAGACUCAGAUCAGAUCUGGAAGAGUAAAGAUGAAUUCAUCUCCAGGUCCUGAGAAGUUGAAGUUAAUUAAACACGGCAUGGAAACAGUUUGCAUCGCAAAAAGCAUGGUUAUACAUUUUCACAUUAUGUCAUUGUAGUUGGAUUAUCAUGCCAUAUACAGUAUGUGGUUGUGACACUUUUUUUUUUUUU